AUGGCACCCUCCAAUACUGAGGGUGCCAUUGAUAGGCAGGAAGACAAAGUCCAUUUUGGUGUGAAGCUCAUCCAUGGCAGUGCUCGCCAGCUGAAGAACAACAGAAAAGUGGAAGAUAAACAAGGAGAAGCAAGUAAUGAUCAUCAAGUAGCAGAGAAUCAUGCAGAUGCAGCAUCGUCGUCAUCAAGUGAGAAGAAGAUUGAUGAAGCAAAUCAGGUGGAUUAUGGUGGAGAUGUGAUGAAUCCUGAUCAACAACCCCCUUCUCCAUUUCCUCCAUUUCCACCAUCAAUUCCUGGGAUUCCUGGAUUACCAGUUCCAUACCCUGUUCCUGUUCCUGUUCCUACUACUCCUAUUCCUAUUCCUGUUCCUACAAUUCCUAUUCCUCCACUCCCUCCUAUUCCUGGUAUUCCUGGCUUUCCUGUUCCUCCUCCUCCUGUGUAA